AUGUCUGGUGAUCGUUUUAAUUUUGACGAGAACGGAGACACCUUUUAUUGCUUUCUCAUCGCACUAUUUACUGUUAUACUUUUGCCUGUUACCUAUUUACUUUGGCCUCGAUGUGAAGUUAGGGAAUCGGGUGAUUCAUUCAAGAAGCGUUGUCAAUGCGCACAUUGUCAAACCAAACGAGGGUAUUUAAGGUCUUCUUCAACUAGAAUAAAACCAUUCUUCUGGUUGCCUGGAUUCUAUUAUUGGCGUUGUCCAAGAUCGAAGUUAACACGCCGACAUUUGACCCUUUCUAUGAACUCAGAAAUCAAAAAAGCUUAUAAGAAGCUUUCCCUCAUUCAUCACCCGGAUAGAGGCGGUGACGAACAAAAAUUCAUUCGAAUUCAUAAAGCCUACAUUACUCUAACUGACGAGGUUGCAAAUAAAAACUGGCAGGAAUUCGGUAAUUCGGAUGGACCGGGUGGUAAUUUAUUUCGUCGGUGUCUAUGCAAUCGUGUUCAUGCUGAUGCUACCUCUUGUUGUGGUAUGUCCAUCUUAUUUUGUUGUCGAAUUCUGAGUGGUCUGUGGUGGUCAAACUCAAUGAAGUAUAGCAAUACUAAGGUCUUAUUAGUCACCGUGCGACUAUUUUGUGGAAGUUUUAUGUACAAUCCGUUCAUGGCUAUGCCUCGUCUGAUCAAACUGCUCUCUUCGGCUUACGAAUUCAACAGUCAAUUUAACAAGGAAAUUAUCUGUCGACCAAGCGAUAAUGUCGAACUGCCGCCACUCAUCAGCCAGAUUCCCAUGUUCACCAUCUUCAAACGGGCGAUUGUCGGUGCCCCCUACGCAAUCAAGGCCCGCGCCCUCAUCUACGCUCACAUGCUCAGGCUGGACCUGCCCCCCAAGUCCCUCUCCGUCGUGCGUGCUGUCUUGUCUUGUAAAGGUGGUUCGCGGAAGAAGAUGCCCCAGGUGAUGGCAACCAUAGAGAACUGCAUGCACCUGACACCGAUGCUCGUGCAGGCCCUCUCGCCCAUCUCCGCGUCCACGCCGCUCCUCCAGCUGCCCCACAUCGGUACCACUCAACUGCGUCAAAUCCGCAACCUGAAGACGGUGCGACAGAUCGCCCGCCUGCCCGACGACAAACGCCGAGUGGUUUUGAGUGGUCUCUCUGAGGAGCAGUAUCGGGAUGUUGUCAGUGUUCUCGCGGCGAUGCCUCUUGUCGAAAUCGCCUGUCGCUGUGAGGUCAGU